AUGCACAAGAUGCUCGCGGACCUGGCUGAGCGAGUGGGACUGACGCCCGAAUAUGGCAAACAGGUGGUCGAGUACCACGAGGACCCACGGUCGGCCAAGGCUUAUGUGAUUCUGGAAGACCAAGAAAAGAUCGAAGCAGACGUGGUGGUUGCAGCCGAUGGGAUUUCGAGCAAGUCUUAUACUAUCACCCUCGGCCACGAAGUCCGAGCCCGCCCGACAGGGUACUCCAUCUAUCGAGCCCUGCUGCCAAUUGAACAGGCUCUCGUAGACCCCAAUAUUGAUGCGAAGUUCUCUUUACUGAAGCCGGGGAUAUCCUCCACACAAUUAUGGAUGGGAGAAGAGAACCGCGGAAGCAGCAAUGAGUCCUGGUCCAAUUGGGUUGGACCUGAAGUUGUACUCCAACAAACGGCUACCAUUCCUGGUUGGCCUGAGUUCGCCAACCGAUUGAUCAAGGCAACGACCAAGGACCAGAUCCAUGAUUUCAAGCUCGUGUGGCGCGAGCCGCAACCUUGCUGGUUUCCCCUGGCGAGCGAGUCGUGCAAAUCGGUGAUGCCGCACACAGUUUCCUUCCCUCCUCUGGCAACGGGGCUACACAGGUUCAACAGCCCAAAAGAGAUCUUUGUGGCCGGCGUGGCCGAAUGGUUUGGAAAGAACGGCGUCACAGCGCUGGUCUUCGACGCUCGGACGCUGGGCCAGAGUGACGGCCUACCUCGGAACGAUCUGGAUCCGCAGAAGACAGCCGAGGAUAACCACGACGCCGUUACGUUCCUACAGGAUGGAGGCUGGGUCGACCCCGACCGCAUCGCGAUCUGGGGCUUCUUCUACAGCUCCGGAAUUGCCCUGGAAGCCGCUGCAUUUGAUAAGCGCGUCAAGGCCAUCAUUGCACAGGGGCUGAUGCCAGACUGGGGCCUCAACCCGCCGGACGAGGCAGCCAUCGUUGCACACGCGGUCGUGGAUCGCGCGAACCAGGCUCGCGGCCAUCCGCCGGAAAUAAAAAACCUGCCUGUCUGGGUCCACGGCGCGAAGAAGAACGCCCCGACCUUCAGUGACCGCAUGACCGUCCAGAGUUUCUACCGCCACGCCAAGUGGAAGCCCGAGCAUCUGUUCGCCGCCCUCAGCCCCACGCCGCUCAUGAUCCUGACGCCAGAAGACGAUGAGAUCGUGCCGCCCAUGUUCCAGCCGACAUACCAACCGAUUGCAGUCACUUUCACACCAUAG